CAAGGGAACUGCAACUCUUUGGGUCAUCUCUAUUGGACUGUGUAGACGUUAGCAGCUGGCCGUACUCGUGCCGUUUAACAAGCCGAGAAAUUUCGUCAUUUCCACUUAGAUUGCAAGCGAACAACCUGGGACGAUGUCAAUAAAGCUCAAAGCGAACCUUAAUAAUCCGCCGAUAAGUGGCCUGGCGACGGCGCAUCUUAUCAAUGGCUCGGUACCCGUGGAGAUUGUCUGGAGCAAGGAGGAGACCUCUCUGCAGUUUCCCGAUAAUCGCCUGCUGGUGUGUCACUCCAACAACGAUGUCCUCCGCGCCCUGGCCCGCGCCGCUCCCGAUUACAAGCUGUAUGGAGAGACGGCCAUCGAACGGACACAGAUUGACCACUGGCUGUCCUUCUCGCUGACCUGCGAGGACGACAUCUCCUGGGCGCUGUCCUUCCUGGACAAGUCGAUUGCCCCGGUGACCUAUCUGGUGGCCAACAAGCUGACCAUCGCUGACUUUGCGCUGUUCAACGAGAUGCACUCGCGGUAUGAGUUCCUCGCCGCCAAGGGCAUUCCGCAGCAUGUGCAGCGUUGGUAUGACCUCAUCACCGCGCAGCCGCUGAUCCAGAAGGUCCUGCAAUCCCUGCCAGAGGGAGCGAGGGUAAAGAGGAGCCCGCAGGCCUCCAAGGAGCAGGCGCCCGCCAAAACGGGCGAGCGCAAGCAGGAGGGCAAGUUCGUGGACCUGCCCGGUGCCGAAAUGGGCAAGGUGGUGGUCCGGUUCCCGCCAGAGGCCUCCGGCUACCUGCAUAUCGGACAUGCCAAGGCGGCACUGUUGAAUCAGUACUACGCCUUGGCCUUCCAGGGCACGCUCAUCAUGAGAUUUGAUGACACAAAUCCCGCCAAGGAGACCGUGGAGUUCGAGAACGUCAUCCUCGGCGAUCUGGAGCAGCUGCAGAUCAAGCCGGAUUUGUUCACGCACACCUCCAACUACUUUGACCUGAUGCUGGACUACUGCGUCCAGCUGAUCAAGGAGAGCAAGGCCUACGUGGACGACACGCCGCCGGAGCAGAUGAAACUGGAACGCGAACAGCGCGUGGAGUCGGCCAAUCGCUCUAACUCUGUUGAGAAGAAUCUAUCCCUGUGGGAAGAGAUGGUAAAGGGCUCCGAGAAGGGUCAAAAAUUCUGCGUGCGCGCCAAGAUCGACAUGACAUCGCCCAACGGUUGUAUGCGCGAUCCUACCAUCUAUCGCUGCAAGAAUGAGCCCCAUCCUCGCACAGGAACCAAAUACAAGGUCUAUCCUACCUACGACUUUGCCUGCCCCAUUGUGGACGCCAUCGAGAAUGUGACCCACACCCUGCGCACCACUGAGUACCAUGACCGUGAUGAUCAGUUCUACUGGUUCAUUGAUGCCCUGAAGUUAAGAAAACCGUACAUCUGGGAGUACAGUCGAUUGAACAUGACCAACACGGUACUUUCCAAGAGGAAGCUCACCUGGUUUGUGGACUCUGGCCUGGUUGAUGGCUGGGAUGAUCCUCGCUUCCCCACGGUGCGUGGUAUCAUCCGUCGCGGCAUGACUGUGGAGGGACUGAAGGAGUUCAUCAUUGCCCAGGGAAGCAGCAAAUCGGUGGUUUUCAUGAACUGGGAUAAAAUCUGGGCCUUCAACAAGAAGGUGAUCGAUCCGAUUGCCCCUCGUUACACUGCCUUGGAAAAGGAGAAGCGCAUUGUGGUUAAUGUGGCAGGUGCCAAGGUGGAAAGGAUCCAGGUGUCCGUCCAUCCCAAGGAUGAAUCGCUGGGCAAGAAGACAGUCUUACUGGGUCCCCGUAUAUACAUCGAUUACGUGGAUGCCGAAGCAUUGAAGGAAGGUGAAAACGCCACCUUCAUCAACUGGGGCAACAUCCUCAUCAAGAAGGUGAACAAGGAUGUAUCGGGAACCAUCACUUCUGUUGAUGCUACACUCAACCUGGACAACAAGGACUUCAAGAAGACCCUCAAGUUAACCUGGCUGGCUGUGGAAGACGAUGCCAGUGCCUAUCCACCCACAUUCUGCGUUUACUUCGACAACAUCAUUAGUAAAGCUGUUUUGGGCAAGGACGAGGACUUUAAGCAGUUCAUUGGCCACAAGACCCGUGAUGAGGUCGCCAUGCUUGGCGAUCCUGAGCUGAAGAAAUGCAAGAAGGGUGAUAUCAUCCAGUUGCAAAGGCGUGGCUUCUUCAAAGUGGACAAUGCCUAUGCUCCACCCAGUGGCUUCACUAGUGUACCCUCGCCCAUUGUUUUGUUCUCCAUUCCCGACGGCCAUACGAAGGAUGUGCCCACUUCGGGCCUGAAAAUCAAUGCGCCGGAUGCCAAGGCUACGAAAAAGGCAUCCUCUCCUCCAAAAUCCUCCGGCCAAGCUUCCGAAUUGGACAGUCAAAUAACCCAACAAGGCGAUCUAGUGCGUGAUCUUAAAUCCAAGAAAGCUGCCAAGGAUCAAGUCGAUGCUGCAGUCAAGAAGCUGCUUGCCCUGAAGGCGGAUUACAAAACCGCUACCGGAAACGAUUGGAAACCAGGACAAGCUCCAGCACCCGCUGCUGCGACCGCUUCUACUCCCACUGCCAACGACGCCGUUUCGGUUAAUGCUAGCAUUGUAAGGCAGGGCGAUUUGGUUAGAGAUCUGAAGGGAAAGAAAGCUGCCAAGCCAGAGAUCGACGCCGCUGUGAAGGCACUUUUAGAACUGAAGGCUCAGUACAAAUCUCUCACCGGUCAAGAGUGGAAGCCAGGCACUGUACCUCCCACUGCCGCACCUGCUUCAUCACCUGCUCCUGCUGCUACGGCCAACGAUUCGGUGUCCCAGAUUCUAAGCCAAAUUACUGCCCAGGGCGACAAGGUGCGUGAGCUGAAGUCAGCUAAAGCCGAUAAGGCCACAGUUGAUGCUGCAGUAAAGACGCUGCUCAGCUUGAAGGCAGACUACAAAACAGUAACCGGAAGUGACUGGAAGCCAGGCACCACAGCUCCAGCUCCAGCUCCAGCGCCAGUUACAGUGAAAGUCAAGCAGGAGAAGAACCCAGAACCUGCUUCUGGGCUUGCUGUGAACACUUUGCUGAACAAGAUUACCCAACAGGGUGACAAAAUCCGUCAACUGAAGUCGGCCAAAUCGGAGAAAUCCCUGGUGGACGCCGAGGUAAAACUUUUGCUGGCUCUAAAGACGGACUACAAAUCCCUUACCGGUCAGGAGUGGAAACCAGGUACUGUUGCACCCGCUCCAGCAACCGUGGACGUUGUGGAUCUCACUGGUGGAGAUUCAGGCAACGGCGUUGCCAGUGUCUUGGGCAAGAUUCAGGCCCAGGGCGAUAAGAUCCGGCAACUCAAGUCCGAGAAGGCGGCAAAGAACGUAAUCGAUCCAGAGGUGAAGAAUCUGUUGGCUCUAAAAGCGCAAUAUAAGACUCUGAGCGGUAAGGAUUGGACUCCAGACACAAAAGCGGAACCCACUGUAGUGAAAAAGGAAGUCAGUCCCGUUGCGAUGGAAUCGCCAGUUAAGGAUGAGCUCACCCAGGAGAUCAAUGCUCAAGGGGAGAAGGUGCGUGCGGCGAAGGGCAACAAGGCAGCCAAAGAGGUGAUAGACGCGGAGGUGGCCAAGUUACUGGCUCUCAAGGCCAAGUACAAGGAGGUCACGGGCACCGAUUUCCCCGUGGCCGGACGCGGAGGCGGCGGUGGAGGAGGAUCUGCGAAGAAGGCGCCCAAGGAGGCUCAACCAAAGCCAGCCAAGCCUGUGAAGAAGGAGCCUGUUGCCGAAGCCUCCGGCGCGGUAAAGAAGCAGACCCGUCUGGGUCUGGAGGCGACCAAGGAGGAGAAUUUGCCGGACUGGUACUCUCAGGUGAUUACCAAGGGCGAGAUGAUCGAGUACUACGAUGUGUCCGGUUGCUACAUCCUGCGCCACUGGUCCUUCGCCAUCUGGAAAGCCAUCAAGACUUGGUUUGAUGCUGAGAUUACGCGCAUGGGUGUCAAGGAGUGCUACUUCCCCAUCUUCGUGUCCAAGGCGGUGCUGGAAAAGGAGAAGACGCACAUCGCGGACUUUGCUCCCGAGGUGGCCUGGGUGACCAAAUCCGGUGACUCCGACCUGGCCGAACCCAUUGCCGUGCGCCCCACCUCCGAGACUGUCAUGUAUCCCGCCUACGCCAAGUGGGUACAGUCCUACAGGGAUCUGCCCAUCCGUCUUAACCAGUGGAAUAACGUUGUGCGCUGGGAAUUCAAACAGCCAACGCCUUUCCUGCGCACCCGCGAGUUUCUGUGGCAGGAGGGUCACACCGCGUUCGCCGGCAAAGAGGAAGCCGACAAGGAAGUGCUGGACAUCCUCGAUCUGUACGCCCUGGUCUACACCCACCUGCUGGCCAUUCCCGUGGUCAAGGGCCGCAAGACCGAGAAGGAGAAGUUCGCGGGCGGUGACUACACCACCACCGUGGAGGCAUUCAUCUCCGCCUCUGGUCGGGCCAUUCAGGGAGCAACCAGUCACCACUUGGGCCAGAACUUCUCCAAGAUGUUCGAGAUCGUGUACGAGGACCCUGAGACGCAGCAGAAGAAGUACGUGUACCAGAACUCCUGGGGCAUUACCACGCGUACCAUUGGCGUGAUGAUCAUGGUGCAUGCGGACAACCAGGGUCUGGUGCUGCCCCCACAUGUGGCCUGCAUUCAGGCCAUUGUGGUGCCCUGCGGCAUAACCGUGAACACCAAGGAUGACGAGCGGGCACAGCUGCUGGACGCGUGCAAGGCGCUGGAGAAGCGCCUGGUCGGCGGUGGAGUGCGUUGCGAGGGUGACUACCGUGACAACUACUCGCCCGGCUGGAAGUUCAACCACUGGGAGCUGAAGGGAGUGCCGCUGCGCCUGGAGGUUGGUCCCAAGGACCUAAAGGCCCAGCAGCUGGUGGCCGUGCGUCGCGACACCGGCGAGAAGAUCACCAUCCCCCUGGCCGAAGUGGAGAAGAAGAUUCCCGCGCUGCUCGAGACGAUCCACGAGACCAUGCUCGGCAAGGCGCAGGAGGACAUGACCAGUCACACCAAAAAGGUGACCAACUGGACCGAUUUCUGCGGCUUCCUGGAGCAGAAGAACAUCCUGCUGGCUCCCUUCUGUGGCGAGAUCAGCUGCGAGGACAAGAUCAAGGCGGACAGUGCCCGCGGCGAAGAGGCCGAGCCAGGAGCUCCCGCGAUGGGCGCCAAGUCGCUGUGCAUCCCCUUCGACCAGCCGGCUCCCAUAUUGGCCAGCGACAAGUGCAUCAACCCCGGCUGCACCAACAAGCCCAAGUUCUACACGCUCUUCGGACGUAGCUACUAAAUGAAAGUGAGCUGGAAGGAAGCCAGGCUUCGUUGUUUCUCCAAAACAUACUUUUAAUGAAUAAAACUCGAUUGGUUAGAAUCCAUGGA